UAUAUUUUCAACGGUCGUGCGGUGCGGUUGCAGUCGUAAUAAACUCGUCUAAACGCGUUCAAAUUUAUUUAUGAAUGCCACUUUAUUGUGAACGAUAACAUGAUGCGCGCACAUCAAACAAAAAGAUAACAAGUAGAUCGCAGUGCCAGCAAACAUUACAAGUAACGCAAAUCAAAACAAAGCAAAACAACAAAGACUCAAACUCCCCCGUAUUGAGGAGGAAAUGGAAGCAUAACAACGUCUCCGUUCAUUGGCCAACUGACAUCGAAAAACGGAAGUUACACUCUGCAUAAUAAAGUGCGACAAGCUCAAUUUAAAAUUCUAUACAGAACAAAGAAUUAUAUAUCCAAUCAUCAAGCGUUAAACUGUGCCAAUCCUCAAACCCAGUGUUGACGACCUCACCUAAUAUAACUAUACUAUAAUAAAUAUGUCUGAACAACGAUUUUGCGUAAUCUGGCGAAUUUCUCUGGUGUUGCUGUCGUCGCUGUUGUUAUUGACAUUUGUGGGCCAAACGGACGCUUAUGGGUUUGGACGUUGCCCGAACUAUCCAUCGAUGCCAAAGUUCAACAUGAGUCGGGUACUUGGCCAUUGGUAUGAGGUGGAGCGUUCAUUCUAUUUGCCAGAAAUCGCCUCGGGCUGCACCACUUUCGAGUUUCAGCCCUACAACAAAGCGGAUCUGUCCAAGUUUAACAACUUCAAGCUGGAGGUGGCCAUAAAGACCGUUAAUCGCAUCACUGGCAAUCCCAAUGUUAAUCUCGGCUAUGCCACGCCAGAGAACAGCAGAUCCUCCAUUAUGGACUUUAAGUUCAAUACACGCUUUCCAGAGGUGAUUGCGCGUUUGUUGCCCGGUUCUGGGAAAUAUCAGGUGCUUUAUACGGACUACGAUAACUUUGCCAUCUUGUGGUCCUGCGGCAGCAUUGGUUCCCUUGGCUAUGCCGAUCAGAUCUGGAUCUUGGGACGCGAAACAGACUUUGUGCUAAAGAUACGUGAGAAGAUCUACGAUGUGCUAAAGCGACUCUCCUUGGAUCCGGAAAGAUUGGUGCUCAGCAAAAAUACCAAUUGUCCGCCAAGAGCAGUAAACAAUUGAUGCCUCCGCUAUUUAUAUCGCAUUCUUUAAGUACUAUAUAUAUAAUAUUGCAUCUUAUUGUUUAGGUUUUAAGUUCCUGUGAUAUCGCAAAACAAAUACAU